AUGUUUCACUGUUGGCUGAAGCUGUCUUUAUACCUAGAACAGAGCAAGACAGGUCACCAGCAGCUCUACUGGAGCCAUUUGAGGAAAUGUGGUCAGGGUUCUUGUUUUCACCAUGGCUGCUCAAACCAGCAUGGUCUGAUCCUGAAAUUUGGUCUCAAUAUAUGCAGCCAGUGUUUCUGUCAGUAUGCAAAGGAUAUAGGCUUCAUUAAGUUGGAUUAAGUGAACUUCCCUGAAUGGGACAUCCAUUCUUAAAUGUAGAUAUCCAAGGUACCUCCCUUAAUGCCAACUCAUUGUUAACUGUAGAUAGCCAAGAUACCUCCCUUAAUGCCAACUCAUUGUACAUAGAAUAAAAAUACUUCAAUUAUGGAAAAAAAUGUAUAUAGUAGAUUUAAAAGGGUUACAAAUUUGUUGUUCUUCCCUUCAAGAGGUAAGGUCUAGAAUGUAAAAUGGUAUAGCUACCAUAUAAAAUAGUAUGGUGGUUCCUCAAAAAAUUAAAAAUAGAAUUACCACAUGAUUCAGCAAUUCUACUUCUGGAUAUACCACUCCAAAGAAUUAGAGGUAGGGUUUCACAGAGACAUGUGUACAGCCCUGUUCAUAAAAGCAUUAUUCACAAUAGCUAAAAUGUGAAAACAACCCAAGUGUCCACUGAUGGAGUAAUGGAUAAGCAAAAUGCAAUAUAUGCAUACAAGAAAAUAUUCAGCCUUAAAAAUGAAGGAAAUUCUGCAAUAUGCUAAACACAGAUGAACCUUGAGGACAUUAUAUUAUGUGAAAUAAGCCAGUGACAAAAAGACAAAUACUGUAUGAUUCCACUUAUAUAUGGUACUUUAAGUAGUCAAAAUCAUAGAGACAGAAAGUAUCAUGCUGGUUUUCGGGGGCUACGGGAAGGGGAAAUAGGGAGUUAUUGAGUUCCAGUUUCACAAGAUGAAAAGAGUUAUGGAGAUGGAUGGUGGUGAUGGUUGCACAACAUUAUAAAUGUAUUUAACAGCACUGAACUCUACACUUAAAAAAGAUGGUAAAUUUUAUGUGUAUUUUAUUACCAUAAAGAAAAUUGAAGGAAAAAAAAAGUGCUCAUGGGAGGAAAAGAAAAAAGAGGUAAGGUCUAGGUCCCCAUCCUUUAUAUCCAGGCUGGCCUAGCAACUAGCUUUAAAGAAUGCAAUGAAAGUGAUACAGUCUGAGUUCCAAGCUUAGCUGCAAGAGACCUUGUUUGUAGUUUCUUCUCUUACUCUUUUAGAACCUGCUGCUGUCAUGUGAACAAGUUUGGGCUUCCAGUAUGUUAAUAGACUAGAUGGAAAGAGAAACUCAACUAUCACAGCUGAGGUCCUAG